AGGUGAAGGACAACAACAAUUGCUGUGGAUGCAUAAAAUUAUACGACAACUUGCUCUUGUAUUUAUAGUCUCGCGUCAGAUGUGAAAUCGAACGGUUAUCGUAUCGUUCGGCACAAUUUUCAAACACGUGGGUGCGAUAUUAUUUUUUUAUUAGACACUCUGUUGCUUUACGUUAUAAUUUACGUUAUAAUUUACGUUAUAAUUUAUUGUUUUACUGACUUUUACUGUAUAAUUAUUCGAAAAAAAAAAAAACAAAAUGAAUGUAUAAGGAAGAGUUAGAUAUAUACAUAUCUCGACUACACGCGUUGCAACACGGAGACUCAAAUAUCAACAUCCAUAUGAUAUUGUAGAAGGUCGUAUGCGAAUUUAAUUUACGUAAAAGAAUUUAAGAUAUAUACGAAUUUUAUUUUCACAGUCACACAUUACGAACAGAAUAUGUACAAGGCACUAUCGUUUGUUUUCCUAACGGUUUUGUCUACCAUCGGUGUUUAUCGUUGGAAUUACAACACUUACUCGCAGCCGCCGCACAUCGUUGUUAUCAUCGCUGAUGACCUCGGAUGGAACGACGUUGGUUUCCGCGGUGUCAGUGAGCUUCUUACGCCAAACAUAGAUGCACUCGCGUACAAUGGGGUGAUAUUAAAUCGACAUUACACAUUACCGAUAUGCACACCGUCGAGAACCGCUUUUCUCACCGGACAAUAUGCCAUAAGAACAGGUAUGCAAGGUUUUCCGUUGCGAGGGGCCGAGCCGCGUGGUAUACCUUUGAACGUAACGCUUCUACCUCAGUAUCUUCAAAGACUCGGAUAUGCUACUCAUCUCGUGGGAAAAUGGCAUGUCGGUUAUCACACGAGAAAUCACGGACCGACUCGUCGCGGCUUCGACACGUUCUUUGGAUAUUACAGUGGAUUCAUUGAAUACUUCUCCCAUUUGCUAAUCGAAAGUAACCAAACUGGGUACGAUUUGCAUCGCAUUGCGGGUGAUACCGAUACCGUCGAAUAUAGAAACGAUUACGCGGUUGAUAUGGUGACCACCGAGGCGGAGAACAUCAUCUCGUCACACAAUCCUGAAAAGCCUCUCUAUCUGCAACUGGCGCAUCUUGCGCCGCACUCCACCAGCGCUGAAGAAGUUAUGGAAGUGCGCAACUGGACGGAAACGAACAUCACUUUCGGUUACAUCGACGAUAUAAAUAGAAGAAAGUACGCAAGUGUCAUCGGUGCGCUGGAUGAAUCGGUCGGUCGAGUGAUCGAUGCUCUGAACAAGGCAGACAUGUUGAAAAACUCGAUCGUCAUCUUCAUAUCCGAUAACGGAGCGCAAACCGAAGGAUUUAUGCACAAUUAUGGAUCGAAUUAUCCAUUACGCGGGUUGAAAUUGAGCUUGUUUGAAGGCGGCGUUCGAGGUGUGGCUUGCGUCUACUCAAAUUUAAUUGCUCAUUCGUCGAGAGUGUCGAAGGAAUUAUUUCAUAUUACCGAUUGGUUACCUACGUUGUAUUCCGCCGCCGGUGGUAAUCCGAACGAUUUGAAACAAUUUGAUCUCGACGGUAUAGAUCAAUGGGCCAUGAUCGCGCGCGCGAAACGUAGCAAACGAAAAUCCAUUCUCGUGAAUAUCGACGAGAAAGCUAACAGCGAAGCAGCGAUAGUAAAGAAUUACAAACUUGUUAGAGAUACUUCCGACUAUCACAAACAUUAUGGCAAAAGAGCGUAUCGUGAGUACAAUUUCACGAGGAUAUCAACGUCACCAGCCGCAACGGCUAUCGCGAGUAUCUCGAAAUACGCAUUAGAUCCGACGGAAGUAAGAAGACUGCGAAACGAGGCUACGAUAACUUGCGACGAUUUGGCAGACGUGUCGAAUUGCGCGAAUCGCACGUGUUUGUUCGACGUGUACAAAGAUCCUUGCGAAAAUACGGACUUGUCCGCCUCAUAUCCCACGAUCGUCAAGAAAUUGAGCGCGUACAUUGACAGCUAUAAAUCGAUCCUCAUGAAGCAGACGAAUGCACCCGUCGAUCCGGCUGGUUUUCCGUACAACUUUAACGGCACUUGGAUGCCGUGGCUGCCUGAUACGACCGUAUCAGUCGAUCGACAAGACGCACUCGGUAACGAACGAAAUUUCGUUACCGCGACGAGGAACAGUUCCGAGAUACAAAGUGAUAACGUACAUAUCAGCGAUAAUUCGGAGAACGCUACAAAAAAAGAGACAGAAGCGUAAUAUUAUUUGAUAUGUAUUUUGCAUAAACAGAAUGACAAAUUACGCUUGACAAUCAAUCGCAAUUAAAGUCGCACUUUUCGAAACUUAAUUUGCAAUAGGCUUUUUAUUUUCAACCGAAUAAGCUUUUUCUGUGAAAUUUCAUACGCGUUUUUUGUUUUGUUUUGUUCUGUAUUUAGGAAAGAGUUUUGCAUUCUUUUUAAUCACAGCGGCGAACCAUCCCUAUAUAUAUACAUAUAUAUAUAUAUCCUUAUUAGUAAAAUAGAGCGGAGAUGGGAUGUGACUGUCGGGAGGGUGCAAAAAAGUUCAUUGUCGGGAGGGACAAAACUGUUCUUUUCACUACGUUAUUGUAUAGAGAUUAUGCAGAUGAGACGCUGCCAUUGUGCGCGGAGAAGGUUGAUAUCUAUUUAAUUACCGGUAUAUAUUUCGUAUUAAUUAAUCGUGUUCCAUGCAAAUAGAGAUGUAGAGAGCUUUCGGGACGUUCGCCUUGCGUUGCGACAAAACUCGCAGCUGCCUGGGUGAAUCUUCCUGGGUUGAUCAGUCGUGUAUUGUACUAAAAUUUUUAUUAUAUCUUUGUUAAGUUAAUUAUACUCACUUUGACGUAUCGGUU